UGACAAAACCCCGGUCUUAAUUCUCAAACAGAGCAGCAGAUACAGUAGCUCACUCUUUGCCUCUGAACUGAAAAAACAUGGCUCUCCUCCAGGCACGGACAUCCCCCCAUAUCCAUACCUAUUGCUUUAGCUUCAAAACCCAUAGCCACUCUCCGGUGCUCUUAUCCUUCCAACCCCCACCACCUGUUUCUCUCACCUCCGUGAAAACCCAUCACCAAAACUCACUCUUUUCUAAGAACACGCCGUCUUCACUCUCAACAACGCCAAGAAAGGUGCUUUGCAGACCCCCUCAUGGUAAACAUGUCAGAGAAGACUAUCUUGUGGAAAAGAUGUCAGCUCAGGAGGUUCAAGAACUGGUAAAAGGAGACAGAAAGGUACCCCUUGUUGUUGAUUUCUUUGCAACAUGGUGUGGACCCUGUAUAUUGAUGGCUCAAGAACUUGAAAUGCUUGCUGUGGAGUAUGAGAGCAACGUAAAAGUUAUUAAGGUUGAUACGGAUGAUGAGUAUGAAUUUGCACGUGACAUGCAGGUACGAGGAUUGCCGACAUUGCUCUUUAUAAGUCCAGACCCAAGUAAAGAUGCCAUCCGGACUGAAGGGCUCAUUCCAUUACAGAUGAUGAGGGAUAUCAUUGACAGCGAAUUGUGAAGGAGUCUCAGAAAGAUUUGCUUGCAUUGCAUAUAUUUGGGGGCUAUGGUUUUGUUUGGUGAUGUACAAGCUUCCCAUUACUAUUUGAGAUUUGCUAUGUCCUAGUGUACUAACUGAAAUACUAUUUGGAAGUCAACAAUUUUGUAGCCGUGUGAUUGUGAUUGUGAUUGUAAUUGUAGACACAUUUAAAUAUGAGGAUGUGUGUCCAGUGAAGAGCUUUCGUAGAUGUGAA